AUGUCUAUGAUUGGCCAAACAUCGAAAAUCCUACCGAGACUGCAAUCCGAUCGGAAAUUUCUUAGCCGUAAAGGCUGCCUUGCGCGAGUUCGUCUUGGCAUCCUACUCGCCUUCAAAUGCUCCAUUACUGCUUAUCCCCCGCAACCACAGUCGUCGAACGCGGGAUUAAAAUUCCAAGAGGCAAAUCGGAACGGAUCGAGAUCGAGGAGAAGAUCGCCGUCAAUCGCUGGUGGUAUCAACGGUCAACAAUCGAUGAUCAAAGUAUCGAAUCUUAAGGGAGAUUUCGAUACUUUUUCGGAUCGUGAGAUCGCGUUGAAGAAAUUUAACAAGAAAAGAAGAAAUUUGGCGGAGAAACAGAAGGUAAAUCGGUGCCCAACGUCGCGGGAGGAAGAAACAGUAGUGUCCUUCAAGCCGAAGGUAGAAAUCAGCAGGCUGGGAGGUCGGUUGAGUGAGGUGGUGGGUCCCGUCGUGGAGGAGGCCAUUGAGCCAGGGGAUGCGACCCCGCUGACGGGACCCUCGAGGGAGACCUCGAUUCCUCGAGCACCCCCGCCGCAGCGCGUCACUACACCGAGUCCGCCGAGACCACCGCCCGCUACGUCCCAGCAACACCAAAAUCCGGGUCAUUCGACCCACAAUCCGGGACACAAGUCCCAAAAUCCCGGGCAUCACAACCCGGGUCACUCGCCCCACAAUCCGGGUAAUCCCGGCCACAACCCUGGUCACAACCCUGGUAACAACCCCGGUCACCAAACUCAUAAUCCGGGCAACCCCGGCCACAAUCCAGGUAAUCCCGGACAUAAUCCGGACAAUCCCGGACACAACCCGGGCAAUCCCGGACACAAUUCGGACAAUCCCGGACACAACCCGGGCAAUCCCGGACACAAUUCGGGCAAUCCAGGACACAAUCCCGGUAAUCCCGGUAAUCCCGGACACAAUCCCGGUAAUCCCGGACACAAUCCCGGUAAUCCCGGACAUAACUCGGACAAUCCAGGACACAAUCCGGGCAAUCCCGGACACAAUCCCGGCAAUCCGGGGAAUCCAGGUCACAAUCCCGGCAACCCGGGCCACCCGAGUCCCGCCGACCAAGGUCAGAAUCCCGAUCAGCCAACGCAAAAUCCCGGCCAUCCGACGAGUCCAGGACGAGAAAAUCCUCGUCCAAACGGAGCAAUCGAGUCAGCAGCAGCAACAACCGCAACAACAAGCGCAACAGCAACAACCUCAGCCGCAAUCGCAACCACAACAUCUGGAGCGUAG